AUGAUUAAAACACCUGUAUCUAUUUUGCAAGAAAUGAUGGUAAAAAAACAAACAGUGCCUGAUUAUGAACUUAUACAUGAUGGAGGUGGUACACAUAUGAAUACUUUUACCUAUCGAGUAUCAUGUGAUGGCCUUAGUGCUAUUGGUAUUGGACGUUCUAAAAAAGAUGCAAAACAUGAAGCUGCAAAAGCAAUGUUAGAAGCUAUAGCAGCCCAUAGAGGUUAUCUACAACUCCCUGCAUCACCGUCACAAUCACCUCAAAGAACACCUUUACCUCCAGUAAUUCCAGAAACACAAAGGCUUCCUCCUGAUGUACCAUUUGUUAAUGCAGUAGGAGCUUUAAAAGAGGUAUGUGGUGAAAACAAUUUACAAGAACCUGAAUACAUACAAAUUAGUGAUGUUGGACCACCUCAUGCAAAAAUUUUUACACUUCAAUGUAAAGUAGCAAAUUUUAAAGAAUUUGGUAUUGCAAAAACAAAGAAGCAGGCUAAACAGGAAGCUGCAAAAAAGAUGUUGCAUAAAAUAACAGACUUGGUAGCUGAAUCACAAGAUCGUCAAGAUCCGUUCAAUUUAGAGUUUGAGAAAAAUGAAGAGGAAAGUACUAGUAAUAAUAUGGCAAAAGCCCUUUAUCCAUCACUGUCAAACUUACCUUUACAAACAAAAGUUAAUUUAGGUUAUAAGUUGGUGGACUAUCAUUGUAAAAUUAAGGACUCUUUUAAUGUGGAUAUGUUGGACGAUUUUAUUGAUAAGUUACAAUGCCUUAAUACCCAAUACGAAUUAGUAAGACACAGUAAUGUUUCAGAGGAAUUUGUUCAACAGUUUCUAUUGAGUCUGAAAACUCUUUUGUUAACUAUGGAGCUAAAUGUAGCCAUUAUACCUUUACGAUGUAAGGAUAACAAUAAUUAUGUAAUAGCUGCAAGACUUACUACUUCCCCUGAGAUUGUACAACUUGCAUUAGGAGCAACAGAAACAGAAGCAAAAUUAAAUGCACUAGUGAAAGUGAUUAAGUAUGUGUUAUUUUUUAUCAGUAAAGAACAGAUUGUAGAAGCACAAAGUAAAGAAAGUGGAGAUAAACAGUUAGUAGACACCAUUUUACAUUCAGAGUAA